UCUACAAUUUUUUUCUAUGUGAUUUCUACUUUCUUUCAAUUUUUAGUUUGGAUCAAUAAAUCCACGAACGUUCACAAAAGCCUUUCGAGAAUGGCAAUAUUUUAAUUAUGAGGUGGAAAAAGCCCAGGGAAAAGAGUGGAUGUUUUGUCCUAGUUGCUCAUCCAACCAACACUCCUGUCAUGUAGAUGACAACAUGAAGUUAUACCGAUAUAAACAUUCAGGAAGAGAACAAAGUCAGUCUUACUAUGGAGAUCUUUUUAUUUCUUCGAAUGAACAUGUUUCAGCGCAUAUUAGAAAGGUUUAUUCCACUCCCCAAGUUCGGAACUUUUCUGAUGACGGGAAAUGUGGUGAAAGUAAUUGGCGAGCUGCUGGAAAUAAAGGAAAACGAAAGAGUCGUCUAGACGAAACAGGACUGGAAAUUGCAGGUUGCCGGCAUGCAAUUGCUCAGUGGGCUGUAAACAUGUUUCGCGGAGAGAUUUAUGGCUACUCUAAUUACAUCCAUGUUCACAAAAUGAUUCCAAACAAUGUUAAAUACAUUUGGCAAGAUAUCAUAUGUAAAUAUUGGAAGUGGGCAGUGAAGGCAUCAAAGUCGGAUGAGUCAAAUGCUCACGAAAUAAAACCUGCUUUAUCUGUGAUGCAUGCCAAAGCACAUAAUUGGACAUGCCAGGUACACUGGUAUCAUGUGUUUUUAUAA